GUGUGGAGGACGGGGCAGGGGAGGUGUGGAGGAGGAGAUGAUGUUUUCCAGUGUGCCGCCUCAUUCAUCAGAGCCUGUCAGGAGGCACUGCAGGUGCCCGCGGGCGACACACACCAUGCCAGACGCCAGCUGCACCGAGGCCAGACCCCGGGAGCCAGACAGCUGCACCGAGGCCAGACCCCGGGGGCCAGACAGCAGCACCGAGGCCAGACCCCGGGGGCCAGACGGUUCCCAGCAGCCCUCCCACUGCAGCCGAGCACAUCCUGAGCUGGCCCUGUUCUCCCCAGAGCAGAGCUCCCUCCAUGAAAGUGAGGGGUCUACAGGGAACUCACGCAGCUCCACCCAGAUGAACUCGUACUCAGACAGCGGCUACCAGGAUGGCAGCAACUACUACUGUCAGAGUGCAGCCAAGGCAGAGCUGAGGGUGCAGCACUCCCUCCCGGGCACAGGGGGCGCCACCCUGCUGAGGAGUGCCCGGGCGGAGGGUCAGGCGUCCGUGCAGGUCCCAAUGGUGACAUCAGCGGCUCCAGGGCGGGCCAUGCGGAGGGUGAGCUCAGUGCCGUCUCGUGCCCAGUCUCCCGCCUACGCCAGCGGCUUCUCCCCCGGCCGCUCCUCCCUGCGCGGCGUGCCGGCCGGCGGGGCGUACGGCUCGCCCAUCGUGACGGAGCCCCGGCCGCUGGCCAGCGUCUUCUCCUCCACGCUGCCCCCCGCCUCCCGGGGCUCCCCCGCCACGCUGCGCCGCCUGGCCAGCGCCGGACGCACCUCCUCCCCCCACCAGGGGCUGGCGUCCGGGCGGAGGGGCUCCCCGCUCACUGUGCUGGAGGGAGCUCCGCCCCUUACGCAGCAGCCUGGCCCGGGGACCCUGGGGGCUCCGGCAGGGCGCUCCAGCAUGACGGCCGUGCCUCAGCACUGUAGCUCCUCCCUGCCUCGCUCCCUGCACCGGCACGCCGAUCCCUACGCAGCGCACGGCUACGACGUCUACGAGAGGAUGGUGCCUGGACCCGACAGUCUCACCGGCAUGCGUAGCUCCUACUCCAGUCAGCCUGGUCAGGACCUGCGUUCAGCCAUGUCCCCUGACCGCCACAUCACACCCAUCUACGAGGACCGCUCCUUCCAGAGCCCACUGUACCGAAGCCCCUCCCACACAGCCUCGCCCGGCGCCCUCUACAGGAGCCCCUCUGGGGUAGGAACCCUCCAGAGGAGCUGCAGCCAGCGCAGCGGCACGCUGCCCUACCAGCGAGGGACCUACGGGAUGAACACCGCCAACUACGCUGAGCCCUACCGCCCCGCCCACUACCACCCUGGCGGAGGCAGCUACGCACGCCAGGGCGUCGCCGUGGACGACGGGGCCACGCGCUCCCCCUCUAUAGACAGCAUCCAGAAAGACCCCAGGGAGUUUGCGUGGCGUGACCCAGAGCUGGCAGAGGUCAUCCACAUGCUGCAGCACCACUUCCCGUCCGUCCAGGCUAACGCUGCAGCCUACCUGCAGCACCUCUGCUACGGAGACAACAGGACCAAGGUGGAGGUGUGCCACCUGGGGGGCAUCCAGCACCUGGUGGACCUGCUGGACCACAAGGCUCUGGAGGUGCAGAGGAACGCGUGCGGCGCCAUCAGGAACCUGGUGUACGGCAAGGCCAUGGACGACAACAAGGUGGCCGUGAGGAACGCGGGCGGCGUGCCCGCUCUGCUGAGACUGCUGAGGAAGACCGUUGACGCGGAAGUCAGGGAGCUCGUCACAGGGGUGCUGUGGAACCUGUCCUCAUGUGAUCCAGUUAAAAUGACAAUCAUUGGGGAUGCCUUAACGACGAUGACCAACACUGUGAUAAUCCCUCAUUCUGGCUGGAGCAGUUCCACGUUCGACGACGACCACAAGCUGAAGUUCCACUCGUCUCUGGUCCUGAGGAACACCACAGGCUGCAUGAGGAACCUGAGCUCUGCAGGUGAGGAGGCCAGGAGGCAGAUGCGCUCCUGUGAUGGUCUGGUGGACUCCCUGCUCUACGUCAUCAAAGCCUGCGUCAACACCUCUGACUUCGACAGCAAGAUAGUGGAGAACUGUAUCUGCACGCUGAGGAACCUGUCGUACCGGCUGGAGCUGGAGCUGCCUCCGUCUCGGCUUCUGGGGGGGCAGGAGGGGGAGGGGCUGCUGGGGAAGGAGGCGGGGCUGGUGAGCGACGGCUCCAGUAAGGAGGAAGACUCCAGCUGCUGGGGCCGCAAGAAGAGGAGGAAGAAGAAGGAGGUGCAGGAGGACCAGUGGGACGGUGUGGGACCCAUCCCUGGCUUCUCCAAGUGUCCUAAGGGGGCUGAGAUGCUGUGGCACCCGGCUGUGGUGAAGCCUUACCUGGGCCUGCUGGCCGAGAGCUCCAACCCUGCCACCCUGGAGGGCUCUGCCGGCUCCCUGCAGAACCUGUCUGCCGGAAACUGGAAGUUUGCGGCCUACAUCCGAGCGGCGGUGCGUAAGGAGAAGGGCCUGCCCAUCCUGGUGGAGCUGCUGAGGAUGGAUAACGACCGCGUGGUCUGCUCUGUGUCCACGGCCCUCAGGAACAUGGCCCUGGACAGCAGGAACAAGGAGCUCAUAGGGAAGUAUGCAAUGAGAGACCUGGUGAACCGACUGCCCGGGGGGAACACCACCCUGCUGUCUGACGAGACGGUGGCAGCCAUCUGCUGCACGCUGCACGAGGUGACCAGCAGGAACAUGGAGAACGCCAAGGCCCUGGCUGACACGGGGGGCAUCGAGAAGCUGGUCAACAUCACCAAGGGCCGGGGGGAGAGGUACUCCCUGAAGGUGGUGAAGGCUGCAGCUCAGGUUCUGAACACACUUUGGCAGUACAGAGACCUACGCACCAUCUACAAGAAGGAUGGAUGGAACCAGAAUCACUUCCUCACCCCUGUAUCCACACUAGAACGGGACCGCUUUAAAUCCCAGCCCACGCUGCCCACCAGCAGCAUCCAGAUGUCUCCUGUGCACCACUCUGCCGGCAGCGCCACCUCGUCUCCUGCUGUCCUGGGCAUCAAGGAGCAGCGCUCAGACUACCAGAGGACACAGCCCACUAUGCAAUUUUAUAACUACCAAGGGGACAACAAUGUACACAAAGGUCAACAUACAGGGUCUGGGAAGCCUUCUCCUUACUACAUAGCAUCCUACUCCUCCCCUACCAGAGUGGAAGCCAGGAGACCUCAGCCCCAGCAGGUGUACUACUCAGAGGAGCCUGGCCGCAGGAACUACGACACCUACAGAAUGUACCUGCAGUCUCCGCACGGCUACGACGCCCCCUACAUGGACGAGGUUAUCACCUACCCCCCCACCUCGGACUACAGCUCCCAGUCUCACGGACUCAAGUCCACCACCAACUACGUGGACUUCUACUCGAGCACUCGGAGGCCUUCUUACCGGGCGGAGCAAUACCCUGGCUCCCCUGACUCCUGGGUGUAGGUGCGCUCCAGGAGAGGGCUGGGGAGGGAAGAUACCCCACCACCCUCUCCAGGGGGCAGGUCAAGGGGCAGUUUACAUAUAGUCACGUAAAUGGUUACAGACAUGAGUUGUUGUGUGGGGGAGAGAACCUGCGCUGGAGUGAGUAGGGGGCCACAGUAGAACAAACUCUCCUUGAACUUUUGAUUUGUGUGUUUUGUUUUGAAAGUGAAUAUGACUGUAAGGGGGUCCAAGCAAGCGGAGCAGAAGAGGGCGAAGUGGAAUGUGAGCCAAAGAAGGAAAUCAAGGAAUGUUGGGUUUUAUGUUGUUUUAAAGGGAAGAUGGAAUCCUGUGGCUGGUUGUGUGUGAUGCCUGCACAGGACGUGACGAUGAGGCCAGCCGGCUUAGCUCCAUCUAGAGUGACGUUCCUUUGAAACACGUACUUGUGGUAGCAUGGUGAAGGUGUGAGUCAUGUGUUGAAAGGUUUGAGGUAAAGAGUCAAGUUGGCAGAUGUGUAUGUGCUUAGACCAAAAUGGAUCAUGAACUCGUCUGUAAAAAGAAUAGUAAUAAUAAUAAUAGUAAAUCUAAUGAUGUUAGGUUGUACAGAGGGAUCACCCUGUAUCUGUGCUCAGUGUUGACGUGUUGUUGUUGUUGCCAUGGAGACUUGUACAUUUCCUUCAUUUUAUUGUAAAUACAAAAACAUGUCACCUGGUUUGUGCUGAGCUGCACUGGUUAAACCUUGCACCAUGUUAAAGAUCUCUAUAUAAAUAAAUGAAGACAUAAAGAGACAUGGGAAAACAUCAUAACACAAACAUGAAAGGAUAAUAAAAGUUCACUUUUGUUUUUUAAA